AUGCUGUCCUCGAGAUUAUCACGGACUUUUUUGCCUCGCGCAGCUUCGGCGGCGCGUCGCACCCCCGCCUUCAGGGCUCCCGCCUUUGCGCGUGGAUAUGCCGAGGGCGGCGAGGAGAAGGUCAAGGGCUCGGUCAUUGGUAUCGAUUUGGGAACGACCAACUCGGCCGUUGCUGUCAUGGAGGGCAAGGUCCCUCGCAUCAUUGAGAACUCCGAAGGUGGUCGCACAACACCGUCCGUCGUUGGCUUCACAAAGGAAGGCGAGCGUCUCGUUGGUAUUGCCGCCAAGCGCCAGGCCGUCGUCAACCCCGAGAACACUCUUUUCGCUACCAAGCGUCUCAUCGGCCGAAAAUUCACCGAUAGCGAAGUCCAAAAGGACAUUCAGCAAGUUCCCUACAAGAUUGUCCAGCACAGCAACGGCGACGCAUGGCUCGAGGCUCAGGGCCAAAAGUACUCGCCCUCUCAGGUUGGUGGCUUCGUGCUCGGAAAGAUGAAGGAAACGGCCGAGUCCUACAUGGGCAAGACCGUCAAGAAUGCCGUCGUCACCGUCCCCGCUUACUUCAACGACUCCCAGCGUCAGGCCACCAAGGACGCUGGUCAAAUUGCCGGCCUCAAUGUCCUUCGUGUCGUCAACGAGCCCACCGCUGCCGCCCUCGCCUACGGUCUCGACAAGGCCACCGACAACGUCGUCGCCGUCUACGAUCUUGGUGGCGGUACCUUCGAUAUCUCCAUCCUUGAGAUCCAGUCGGGUGUCUUCGAGGUCAAAUCAACCAACGGUGACACACACCUUGGCGGCGAAGAUUUCGAUAUUACUCUUGUUCGCCACCUGGUGCAGCAGUUCAAGAAGGAGCAAGGAAUUGAUCUGAACAGCGACCGCAUGGCCAUUCAGCGCAUCCGUGAGGCUGCGGAGAAGGCCAAGAUUGAGCUUUCCUCGUCAUCGCAGACGGACAUCAACCUGCCCUUCAUCACUGCCGACGCGUCCGGUCCCAAGCACAUCAACACCAAGCUUACGCGCGCGCAGCUCGAGAAGAUGAUGGACCCGCUCAUCAGCAGGACCGUCGAGCCCGUCCGCAAGGCGCUCAAGGACGCCAACCUGCAGGCCAAGGACAUUUCCGAGGUUAUCCUGGUUGGUGGUAUGACGCGUAUGCCCAAGGUGUCCGAGUCGGUCAAGAGCAUCUUUGGCCGCGACCCUGCCAAGUCUGUCAACCCCGAUGAAGCCGUCGCGAUUGGUGCUGCUAUCCAGGGUGCCGUCCUUGCUGGUGAAGUCACUGACCUUCUCCUCCUCGAUGUCACGCCUCUUUCGCUCGGUAUCGAGACGCUCGGUGGUGUCUUCACGCGUUUGAUCAACCGCAACACCACGAUCCCCACCAAGAAGUCUCAAGUCUUCUCCACCGCGGCCGACUUCCAGAGCGCCGUGGAAAUCAAGGUCUACCAGGGUGAGCGUGAGCUUGUCCGUGACAACAAGCUCCUCGGAAACUUCCAGCUCGUCGGUAUCCCCCCUGCCCACCGCGGUGUGCCCCAGAUUGAGGUCACCUUCGACAUUGAUGCCGACUCCAUUGUUCACGUCCACGCCAAGGACAAGUCCACCAACAAGGAUCAGUCCAUCACCAUUGCCUCUGGAUCCGGUCUGUCCGAGGCUGAGAUUGAGAACAUGGUUCGUGACUCUGAGCAGUAUGCUGAGCAGGACAAGGAGCGCAAGAACGCUAUUGAGGCUGCCAACCGCGCUGACAGCGUCGUGAACGACACUGAGAAAGCCCUCAAGGAGUUUGAGGACCGCCUCGACAAGACCGAGGCCGAGAAGAUCAAGGAGAAGAUUGCGUCCAUGCGCGAGUUCAUCUCCCAGAGCCAAUCUGGCGAGGGCGGCGCCACCGCCGCUGAGAUCAAGGAGAAGACCGACGAGCUCCAGAACGCUUCCCUGAGCCUGUUUGACCAGAUGCACAAGGCCCGCUCUGAGAGCCAGAACCAGAGCGAGCAGCCACAGCAGCCUGAGGGCGAGGGCGAGAAGAAGCCUUGA